AUGUCGAAUAACCAACAAGAGACGCCGCCGGCCAGUGGCAGCAGUGCUCUCGAAGACAAAAAGUGCCUACGAGAAAGUAAUAGGCGGACUUAUAAAGAGCCUUCCGCGCGUGGAACUAUCCGCGUGAGGCCGUUUGCCCGGCUCCGACGCUCGGCGAGAAUAAUGGCUAUGAACGCCAACGCUAUUAAAGAGAACGACCCCAACGCCAUAGGCACCACUUCACAAGACGUUUGCAAGAAGGAAAAGGAUGAAUCGGUUGUAUCUACCACAAUGAUAAUGCUAGAGUUAUUCCCGGUGAGCUUCUGGUUCAACAGUGAGAAUAGCCGUAUGGAGAACUUUGGAUUGUUCAAAUCCUUCGCACCAUACCAAGAAAACACCGAUCGUCGUCAA